UUCACGCAUUGUGCCUGGAAUUGAGUUUUCCCCAGAUAAAAUGCUUCAAGGUCGUCUCUUCUCCUAUCCGGAUACUCAAUUUCACCGUCUCGGACCAAAUUUUAUGAAACUACCUAUUAAUUGCCCGUUCAGAACGCGUGUUCGAAAUACUCAGGUCGACGGAUGGCAUUGCUCUGAUGAGAACCAAAAUGGCGCACCUGUAUAUCACCCAACCUCAUUCAAUGGACCAACCGAAUUAGUAACUGCACAGGAAAGUAUUUGGUCGACGACGGGAGAAGUAAAUCGUUAUAAUACAAAGGAUGAUUCGAAUUAUGACCAGCCUGCUUCUUUUUGGGAAAAGGUUUUGGAUGAAGAACAUCGUAAACGCUUGACACGUAAUAUUGCUGGCUCGUUGGGUCAGACAUCGCUUAAAACCCAGGAGCGUGUAAUUCAGGAAUUUAGUAAAGUGAACGAAGAACUUGGGAAAAUGAUCCAGAAGGAAUUGUGUGCUAUUAAGGAGCGGCCCCAUCUGUGA